ACAGCGCACGAUAAUUGUAUGUAGACAAGUGGACAUAUUAUUCUCAUUUUGUAGUACAAUUUGAUCAUUAUAAUAUCACUACAAUAUUUGAUAUUAUUUAAAAUGUUAAACCUUGUCAGUUGUCAUCAUCAUUUGUCAGUCACCAUUAAAUUUCCUACAAACUCAUCCAAACUUAAUUUCCAAUGUUUUUGUUAUUUUCCACGAAUAAUCUACAGAUUUUUAACGUGACAGUUUUUAACUUGAUGAUUUUGUAUUUGAUAAUUACUCAUAGACCAUAGUCCACAUCUACUUCCAUGUGUGAUCGCUCAAAUUAUUUGUAUCAAAAAUUCAUUAUAGUUGUCAACUUUUAGCAUAGAAGUGGUUGUACUACUUGUACAUAUUCAGUAUUGUACUUGUAUGGUUUUCUUUAAUAUCUAUUUUAAAUGUCUUGCUUAUGUGGGUAUCUUUUUAUCUACCAAUUAAUAUUGGAUAUCGUUCUAAAAUUAACUAUUGCUAAACAAUUUAAUGAAACUUGUAUUUUAUUUAUAAUCAUGGUUUUAAAAUGUCCACAAAUUGUAAUGGCAAUAUAUUUCACCAAUGCCAAAAUAUUUAAAUGCGAUUUGGUAUUUUACAAAAAACUCAUUUUAAUGUUUUAAAAUAAUAAAAUAAUGGCUGAUUAUUGAAAAUCCUUCUAGAUACAUAAAUUAUGAAGCCUCAAGAACUAUGUGAUAUUGAUGACUUAGCUACAUCCCUUGUUGUCGAUGUUUUUCUCGGAUUUAAUACUCACAAAAUGAACACAGAACAUAAAGAAAGGUAUAAAUGUAAAUCACAUUUAAAACCUGUUAUUGAUGAAUUCAUAAAAAAUCAAAGUAUGAAAAUAGCUUUUGAUUCUUUUUGGAAUCGAAAAUAUAUACCUGAUCAUUUAUUCAAAGCGUCUUAUAAAAAAUUAGUCAGAGACCAUAUUGAAAGAUACAUGGGAAUGUUUUAUUUGGAUUCUGGUUUUCGAAUUGAACCAUGUUACAGAUACUCUUUAGAGAAUAAAGUAGGUGCCAAAGUAAAUGCCACCAGUCAUUGGCAUAAAGAUGGAAUUAUUAAACGACUAGUUGGUUGUGUGGCCGAGUUGACAGAAAAAGAAGAGGAUGAAAUAUUGCAUAUUGGUAAGAAUGAUUUUUCAGUGAUGUACAGCUGUCGCAAAAAGUGUGCUCAACUUUGGCUGGGCCCGGCAGCGUAUAUCAACCAUGAUUGUCUGGCCAAUUGUAAGUUUGUACCUAAUGACAAAGGAACGGCCUGUGUUAAAGUACUCAGAGAUAUUAAACCUGGUGAUGAAAUAACAUGCUUUUAUAGUGCUAAUUUCUUUGGUGAAAAUAAUGUUAACUGUGAAUGUUGCUCAUGUGAAAAGUUGUGUAAAGGAGCUUUUAAAACAAAUGAAGAACAACCAAAAUUGGGACGGUACAACUUCAGGCAAACUAAUGGUCGAAGCAAUUCUUACCGGUCUCCAGAUAAAAGCAAAAAAGUAAAGGAACCAAAAACACCUCAAAAGAAAAAGAAUGUGGUUUUGGAACCUUGUACUCCAAAUAAAAACCCUGAAGUUGACAAGGGUGAAGCUUUGCUUGGAUCGCCAUACACAAAAAUAAUCCAAAAGACAAGAGGCUUAGAUUUGGACCAAGCGUCCAAAUCACCAGAAAAGUAAUAAGUAAAAAGAAAAAAAAGACAUUGUUUUACAAUAAACAAAUAAUUAAACCAGUGACAAAAUUAUUUUAUAAUUUAUGAAUGAUUAAAAUUAUGAACUUAAGUAUAAUAUGCACCUAUAUUUCAAUUGGAAUUUGAAUACUUUUUAGUCUAGCAACAUUUUUGUUUAUAUAUAUAAUUGUUUUUACAUUAUGAUUGUUUGUCUAUCACCAAUUGUUUUCAUUAAGUUUUUAUUGAGCAGUAAUAUUAUACUUAGUAAUCAGUAAGUAAUUGAACCCACUAGAAGUAUUAUACAUAGCUCUAAAUUUUAAUUUUAAUAAUGAAAUGUAAGGUUUUGACAACAGUUUAACUUUUCCUAUAACUAUAUUAGUGUUUUCCUUUUAUUAGGACGCAAAUAUUGUAAAACUAUAAAUAACUGGUAAAACUAUUGUCUCUGUCUUACUUACUUAGAUAGUUAGUUCAAUAUAACCUCGCUCAGUAGUCUGUACUUUACUCAGUGUGGUUACAGGUUGAUAAUAAGCUUUCACAAC